AUGUGGACAUCGCCGUCAGUAUCCCUGCUCCUGUUCGUCUCAUUCUUCCAUGGAUGCAGAAAUUUUGUGUGCCCGACGAUCUGCCGCUGUUUCUCCAAUGCAAUCAGGUGCAACAAUAUAACACAAGGGACAGCUCCAGUGAUGGACCACAGGAAUAGAAGACUGUUUCUUUAUCAUCUGUCUUUGCAAACAAUUUCAAGCCAUUCCUUUGAAGGUUUGAAAGGAGUCCAUAGGAUAGAGAUUACUCAAAGUGUAACCCUGAAAACCAUUGAGACAUUAGCAUUUAACAACCUCCUCAACCUCUCUGAAAUCUCAAUCCAGAACACAAGGAGUCUCAUGCACAUUGACAGAGGAGCAUUUAACAACCUCCCCAAACUUCGCUACUUGAGUAUUUCAAAUACCGGUAUUGCAGUUUUUCCUGAUGUCACUUUAAUCAGUUCACUUGAAUCUGAGUUCGUCUUGGAUAUAUGUGACAACAUCUUCCUUCUAGAAAUACCCACAAAUGCUUUCACUGGAAUGUCAAAGGAAUAUGUUACAAUGAACCUGUACAACAAUGGCAUAAGAAAAAUACACGAGCAUGCCUUCAAUGCAACAAAGAUAGAUAAGCUGGUAUUAAAAAAUAAUCGAAACCUUAGAGUGAUCCAUAAAGAUGCUUUCACAGGAGCCACGGGCCCUGGAGUCUUGGAUGCUUCUGCCACAGCUCUCACAAAGCUGCCAUCACAGGGACUGGAGUCAGUUCUAGUGUUGUUUGCUCAGUCCACCUACACCUUGAAGAGUCUGCCUCCUCUGCAGGGACUGUGGAGUCUGCGAGAAGCUCAUCUCACCUACAACAGCCACUGCUGUGCACUGCUGAGCUGGAACACUCACAGAGACUUACCAAUUAAUCAUGUGUGGAAUAACAGCUCUACAUCCUGUAUUGAGAGAGAUCCAGCCGGCAGGGUUCAGCCUGUAAUCGGAGGGUCAACAGACACAUCUCUACUUAUGGGUGUGCCGUAUUUCUCAGAAGGUGACCUGCUUGCUGAAGAGGAAAGCUAUGGAGAUGUGAAUUUCCACUAUCCAGAACUGGACCUCUGCCAGACCACCCGCACUCUGGUUUGCACACCUGAGGCAGAUGCUUUCAACCCCUGUGAAGACAUCGCAGGUUUCAGUUUUCUCAGAGUAGCUAUUUGGUUCAUCAAUUUAUUGGCUAUUACAGGUAAUCUGACAGUGCUGCUGGUCUUCUUCAGCAGCCGGAACAAGCUGACAGUACCUCGCUUCCUCAUGUGCCACCUGGCUUUUGCAGACCUUUGCAUUGGGGUCUACCUUCUGAUGAUAGCUACUGUAGACUUGCGGACUCGUGGUAGCUACAGUCAGCACGCCAUUGAAUGGCAGACAGGACCUGGUUGCAGUGCUGCUGGUUUCCUGUCAGUUUUUGGUGGAGAGCUGUCAGUUUACACACUUUCCACCAUCACCCUGGAGCGUUGGCACACCAUCACCAAUGCUAUGCAGGUAGAGCGCCACCUGGUUCUUAUGCAAGCUGCAGGCAUAAUGGCAGUAGGUUGGCUCAUCUGUCUGGGGAUGGGGAUACUGCCCUUGAUUGGUGUCAGUAGCUACACCAAAGUCAGCAUGUGCUUACCCAUGGACAUAGAGACUCCUUUGGCUCAGGCUUUUGUUAUAAUUAUCCUGCUCCUCAAUGUGGGCGCCUUCCUCGUUGUUUGCGUUUGCUAUGUGCUGAUCUACCUGGCUGUAAAAAACCCUGACUUACCUAGAAGAAGUGCAGACACCAGGAUCGCACAGCGCAUGGCGGUACUCAUCUUCACGGAUUUUCUGUGCAUGGCACCCAUCUCCUUCUUUGCCAUCUCUGCUGCUUUUAAGUUUCCCCUCAUCACAGUUACCAACUCCAAAAUUCUGUUGGUCCUCUUUUUUCCCAUCAAUUCGUGUGCCAAUCCCUUCCUCUAUGCUAUCUUCACUAAAGCUUUCAGAAAGGAUGCUUCUAAACUCACGAGUACCAUAGGCUGCUGUAGAAACAAGGCUGCUCAUACAGAAAGGAAAUAG